GAAUCUCUUUUGUUGCUUUUGUUUUUUUUUUUAUGGUUUUUUAUUCGACGAAACAAAAAGAAGCCACGCGGGACAGAGAGGGAGAGAGAUAGAUUCACACAAAUACACAAUCAAUCAGUCAGUCCAAUGGGGAGCAUAUCGUUGUCUUCCUCUGAUAGUCCUUCAAUGUGGUAGCCUGAUCCGCAAAACCCUAGGAUAUUUUUCUCUGUUUUAGCUCUCUGCAACAAAACGAUGGCGUUUUGGUGGCCUCUCUUCGUUCUCGGUUUCGCAUACGUUAUCUGUAGGUUCCUUUUUAUGCUUAUUCCUCCCAAUGUGCCUUCCAUCGAGGUUGACGCUUCUGAUGUGCUUGAUGUUGGAAAUCAAAUGCACGAGAACACUUUCAUAUAUAUACCUCCAAGAGGAAGGACACAGCAAUCAGAUAAGAAGGUUCAAUGCUACGAGCCUGCCACUAUGAAAUACCUGGGAUAUUUCCCUGCUUUGUCACCUGUUGAGGUAAAGGAUCGUGUAGCAAAAGCAAGGAAGGCACAGAAAAUAUGGGCGAAGAGUAGCUUCAAGCAAAGGCGUCAAUUUCUGCGCAUUCUUCUAAAGUACAUAAUUGAACACCAAGAGCUUAUAUGCGAAGUCUCUUCACGUGAUACUGGGAAGACGAUGGUAGAUGCCUCUUUAGGAGAAAUAAUGACAACAUGUGAGAAGAUCACUUGGCUUCUUUCUGAGGGUGAGCGGUGGCUAAAGCCUGAAUACCGGUCUUCAGGAAGAGCAAUGCUUCACAAAAGGUCCAGAGUAGAAUUUCACCCACUUGGUGUUAUUGGUGCCAUUGUUUCUUGGAACUACCCUUUCCAUAAUAUUUUCAAUCCCAUGCUGGCAGCAAUCUUUUCUGGGAAUAGCAUUGUGAUCAAGGUUUCAGAACAUGCAAGUUGGUCUGGAUGUUUCUACUUUAGAAUAAUCCAAUCAGCCCUUGCUGCUGUAGGAGCUCCAGAAAAUCUAGUUGACGUUAUAAAUGGGUUUGCCGAAACAGGAGAAGUACUGGUGUCUUCUGUUGACAAAAUAAUAUUUGUUGGAUCACCUGGUGUGGGUAGGAUGAUAAUGAGAAAUGCUUCUGAGACACUUGUACCGGUUACACUUGAACUUGGUGGUAAAGAUGCAUUUAUUGUUUGUGAAGAUGUAGAUGUCAAUCACGUUGCACAAAUUGCUGUCAGGGGCGUACUUCAAUCAAGUGGACAGAAUUGUGCUGGGGCAGAGAGAUUUUACGUUCACAGGGACAUCUAUUCUUCUUUUGUCAGUCAGGUUGCCAAGAUUGUGAAGUCUGUUUCAGCUGGUCCACCGCUUGCCGGAAGGUAUGAUAUGGGAGCUAUAUGUGUGCAAGAGCACUCUGAAAGGCUUCAAAACCUUGUAAAUGAUGCCUUAGAUGAAGGAGCAGAAAUUAUUGCUCGGGGAAGCUGUGGCCAGAUAGGUCAACAAGCAGUUGAUCAGUUUUUCCCCCCUACAGUGCUUGGAAAUGUAAAGCACACAAUGAAGUUGAUGCAAGACGAGGCAUUCGGACCUAUCAUGCCAAUAAUGAAAUUUAGCACUGAUGAAGAGGCGGUCAAGCUUGCAAAUGACUCAAAAUAUGGUCUUGGCUGUGCUGUUUUUUCAGGCAGUCAGCGUCGGGCAAAAGAGAUAGCUUCUCAGAUACACUGUGGGGUUGCUGCAAUUAAUGAUUUUGCAUCAAAUUACAUGUGUCAGUCCCUGCCAUUUGGUGGUGUAAAAGACAGCGGUUUUGGUAGAUUUGCUGGGGUUGAAGGUCUUCGUGCUUGCUGUCUUGUAAAAUCAGUUGUCGAGGAUAGAUGGUGGCCAUUCAUAAAAACCAAGAUUCCCAAGCCUAUUCAGUAUCCUGUUGCUGAGAGUGGUUUUGAGUUUCAACAGUCGCUUGUCGAAGCACUAUAUGGCCUGAACAUAUGGGACCGCCUGAGAGCAUUGGUCAAUGUUCUGAAGAUGCUUUCAGACCAGCAAACCUCCCCUCCUAAUGGGAAGAGAAGAAAUGACUAAGCCAGGUGUUUGAAGUAAUGGAAACAUGUUAAUGGAUUAACUGAGUCCAAUUUCAAGGAUAUAUGGGAUUCUUGGCUUCCUAUGCUUCUUUUUGUUUGUUCUGUCAGAAAAUAUGGAUAAAAAUCCCCAAUGAUGUUUUAUCUUUUCUAGGAAAUUGUUAAUGAAAUAUUGAAAAUCAAUGAAUUCUAACUCAAAGGGAUAGGAAUUAUCUUAUACAAAA